AUGAGUUGUAGGUCGACACACUCGCCAGUUUCCCAAAAUCACUUUUUAUACAAAUUUCGUACAGCGCAGCCCAAAAUAUUUACAUUUUUAGUUCCCCAGUUUUAAAGGUCCACAGAGAAAAAAGGGGCUCGGGCUUCUUGUACGAGACAACUGCUGGCAAAAUAUAAACCACAAAAAAAUCACAAACGGACACAAAAACCAAGCAAAAACACAUGCAUAUUCCCUCAGGAAAGUGGAAAAAUAAUCUUGUAUCCAAAUUUUACCAUCAGACACAAUAACAAGGUCAUCAAAAUUUGAUGCGCGAGCUAAGGAAGUUCUAGGACCCAUACUCCAGCUUCGAUCUGCAGGAUUUUGCAGCAUCGGGACAUAAAAAGAUCUAAGGAAGAGAGGCUACAAGGGAAUGCCCUGUUUAAGCCGGAAUAACCAGCUGAAACCAACCCCUAGGCUAUCCCUUGUCAUUUGGCAGCCGGAGAAUAGAUAUGAUGUGGACUAGACUUGGUCUGCGGAGCAUUACAAGGUCGCAAAGCUUGCACGGAAAGCGCACGAGGAUGAAGGAACAGCUGUCGGCCAAGCAGCACGAGCGGAACGAGAAGAAGAAGAAGAAGCUGGCGGCGCUGGCCAAUAUAAUGGAGCUAAACGACCGCGACCGCCUGCACGAGGCCGAGAUGGCCAAAAAACGUGACGCCGCGGAUGCGACUAAGGACGAGGCCAACGCGCCGAUGGAGCAGAGCAAGAACGACGACGACGACGGAUUUGUCACAGUUUCCAGCAAGCGGAAGCACCGCAAUCGCCAUACAAUCCGAAAUAGUGUGGAAAAGGAGGCGGCGGCCCUCAAAAGUGGAGACCCUGAGGAGCCGACGGCCAAGCGAAGUCGCGAGGAUAUGGCGGCCGGUGGCGACAGCCUGCCGGCGGAGGAGAUCUGUAUCCUCAGCCAGGAGCAGUACAAAACACUGGCCGUGGAGCUGCGUCGUCGCAAGCGGCAGCUGGAGGACGUGCCGGGCCUGCGGCUGAGGGAGAUGGGACAGCGCGCCUCCCUGGAGACGCCCCAGCAUGCGCGCACGCCCAUCUUCCUCACCGACAUCCAGCACCUGCUGAUGUCGGCGCUCAUCGGCCAGAAGAGCCCCUGCCGGCCGGAUCGGUGGUGCAGCGUCGAGAAGUGGCUCAGCCUGUCGCACAGCGUGGUGGUGAUACUGGAGGGCCUGUCCCUGUACCACUACCUGUCCAACGAGAGCCAGUUCGAGGCCACCAAUCGGAUAUUCAACACCAAGCUGGAGAUGCUGUUGCCGCCGCAGGACGAGGGUCAGAUCAUCGACGAGAUUGCAAAGAUUCCCCUCACCAAUAUCCAAGCCAAGCAGCUGAUCGACGAGCACGGCUCCCUAGAGUCGGCCGUGGAGCUGAACAAAGAUCCCACGCUGUUCGUCAAGAACAUCUUUCCCAUCGAGGGCUCCAAGGUGAAGGACUCCCUCACAGACCUCCAUCCGGAUGACAAGUUUCCGCGCACCAAGCUCCUGCUCUCCGCCUUGCAGAUGGUCGACGAGGGCUACCCGAUCCCCCUCUCCGGGGAGCUGCACACUCGCUUCAGCACCUUCAGGUUCACCAAGAAAAAGUACGAACCGGUGACCAACCGCAGUCCCAUGUUUGGCGUGGACUGCGAGAUGUGCAGGACGGUGGUGGGCAUCAACGAGCUGACCCGCAUCUCCAUCGUGGACGAACAGUACCAGACGGUGUACGAGACGCUGGUGAUGCCCGACAACCGCAUCUCCGACUACCUCACCCAGUACUCGGGCAUCACGGAGGACAUCAUGAAGCAGGUGACGAAGCGGCUGAAGGAAGUGCAGAAAGAGGUGUCGGCGCUGCUGCCCCCGGACGCCAUCCUGGUGGGCCAGUCGCUCAACUCGGAUCUGAACGCCAUGCGGAUGAUGCAUCCGUAUGUGAUCGACACCAGCGUGUGCUUCAACAUCUCCGGCGUGCGGCGGCGCAAGAGCAAGCUGAAGCACCUGGCCCAGACCUUUCUCAAGGAGACGAUCCAGGACAACGAUGAGGGCCAUGACUCCAUCGAGGAUUCGCGGGCCACCUUGAAGCUCGUCAAGAUGAAGCUGGCCAACAGCAUAGAGUUCGGCGACGAGAUCCUUACGCAACAGAAGCGCCUGCAGGAGCUGGCCAACGCCUGCAGUGGCGACACCAUCAGCAAUAACCUCUUCGCCCACGUCGCCAAGCGGGACAAGCGGACGGCCAUCGUGACGGUGGGAGAUCUGAAGCCGAGUCUCAAGGAGGUCAUCCAGCGGGCGGACGAGGCCUCGCCCAAGGAUCAUAGCAAGGCGGUGCGUAUUCACGAGGUGGCCACGCCCAAGGAGGCGGUGCGCAAGGUCAACGAGAUAGCCCUGGAGAACGCCCUGACCAUUGCCAAUCUGCGCGUGCCCGAGCAGGACUUUGUAAUGGAGAGCGCCGAACGGAAUGCAGCCAAGCUGGACAGGAUCAUAGACCGGCUGUGGAACACGGUGGCCAACAACGGCCUCUUCCUCGUCCUUAUGGGAGGCUCCGCGGAGUGCACCAAGGGCGUGGCCAAGAUAGCCAUCAAGCGGCUAAACGGAUCGGAGCAGACCAGCGCCCCGAUCGGAAGUUAGGAAGUUAGGAAGCCAUGACUUGGACACAUUAUCCUCCUGUUGUUACAUUUACCUCUCCGAGAGUCCGGCUGCGACCAGCCGAACCACGUCCGGUUUGUGGCCAGCCGGAGUCCCAAGGCGUAAACAAAUUUGCCGUAUCAUCCCCCUAGACAAGACAACAAUACCCAACCGUCACACACACUCGGAACCUGCGCUACACGCCCCGAUGUAUCUUGAAGAAAAAAUUCAAAAUGGAAAAAAGUCACUAAAAACCAAUAAAAAU